AGCAGCGCUUUGACUCCGGCUCUUCGGCCACCGCGUCCCGCAGCGCUCCGAGCACCUGCUCCGUGUUUUUCUGUCCGUCCGGCCAUGCCCGACGUCCCGCUGCUCCCCGCGCUUCUGCUGGCCGUGCAGCUCUGCGCCUCGGCGGCGCACACCUCCCAGCCCCAGCCCCCGCCGUGGCGCUGCGCACCCUGCUCGGCUGAGAAGCUGGCGCUCUGCUCGCCGGUGCCCGCCUCGUGCCCUGAGAUCGCCCGGCCCGCGGGCUGCGGCUGCUGCCCCAUGUGCGCCCUGCAGCUCGGCGCGUCCUGCGGCGUGGCCACUGCGCGCUGUGCCCGCGGGCUCACCUGCCGGCCCCGGCCCGGGGAGCUCCGGCCCCUGCGUGCCCUCACCCGCGGCCAGGGAGCCUGCAUGCGGGAGGCCGACGCUCUGGCCAGCGCUGAGACCACAGAUGAUACAGACCGUGCUGUGGAGAGCACCACACCUGGCAGCUCUGAAGUGACUCAGGAUCACCUGCGCAGUGCCCAGCUUGCGACAACCUCAAGUGAAGACCUCCCCAUUCUUUGGAAUGCUGUGAGCAAUUACGAGAACAUUCGGGCCAGGGGCAUCACCAACGUUGAGAACAACAAGGAGCCCUGCCGACAGGACCUCUAUAAGGUGCUGGACAGAUUAGCUAAAGAGCAGCAGAAGAUUGGUGAAGAUCUCCACAAAUUUUACCUGCCCAAUUGCAACAAGAAUGGAUUCUAUCAUACCAAACAGUGUGAAACGUCUCUGGAUGGAGAGCCGGUGCUCUGCUGGUGUGUCUACCCUUGGAAUGGGAAGCAGAUUCGGGGGUCCUUGGAGACCAUAGGGGACCCCAACUGCCAUCAGUAUUCUAACUCGCGGCACUGAAUAUGGCUGCAAUCUAUUUUUGUCCCACAUGGGAAAUAUUUAAGUAUAUAAUAUAUUUAUACUCUUGGACACGUACACACUUAAAAUGUAUAUGUAUAUGUAUUUGUAUAUAUAUAGGGCCCACUUUUUAUACUACACAUGUACUUGAUAUAUAAAGCUAUAGUUUAUUUAUUCACUCUUAAAUUUUUUUCUACACAAUAACUGGCAUGAUAUUAAUGUAUGUCAUGAAAUGCCAUUCACCACUUGGCCUGUAAAUACUUGUAUUUUAACUCUUUGAGAGCCUUGCUUCUAAUUUUAAUGGCAGAAAAACACAAAAUGAAAUGCCAAGUGGUGAAUUCCCUCCCCCCCUCCCAAGUGGUUUUGAGGGGUUUGAAUUAACUGUGUCAGAGAAUGAUUCCACCUAAAGGUUCCAGGGAUCUGCUUUUGGUGACAACAUUGGCAGGGAAAGUUAGAGUGUUAAUGAUGUGAUCAAGCCUAAAGUUAUUCUAUGUUAAGCGAUGUUGUCAGGAAACUUGUUUGAAAUAAAUGUUCCACAUGGGAGCAUC